AGCCCGGCAAUACUGUUUCGCGGUCCUUUUCGGUCCACUUUGGGUUAUCUGAUAAAAUCGAUCCGAACUUCAGUCACGUACUUAACCUGCAAUUGUCAGCUGUCAAGUACUCUCGUGGCCUGCAGCUUUCUUCUCCGAGUCUCACAACAUGUCCGUUUCCGAGAAGGCGUCCCAUCUGUCUUCGCCGUCCAUGCACACGACAUCCCACACAAGGAGCGUCGUCGUCCUGGGCGGUUCUUACGGAGGCUCCAGAGCUGCUCAAGUUCUAGCAGAGGGUCUGCCACAGGGUUGGAGAGUUGUUUUGGUGGACAGAAAUUCACAUAUGAAUCAUGUUUAUAAUUUUUCUAGAUACGCCGUUCUCGCCGGUCAUGAACAUAAAGCAUUUAUUCCUUACAACCACAUUCCUUCCAGUUCUCUUUCAGACCUUCCUUCAAGUUCAUCUCACGUUCGCGUGCAAGCAACUAUUACCUCCAUAGACAAGCAUCGGAUCACUCUCUCUCCGAAUCUACCGGACCACACAUUCCAGCAAUCAUCCUUAGACUUUGAUUAUGCUAUAUAUGCUCUCGGCUCUCAUUUGCCCUCGCCAAUAGACCUUUGGAGUCACCAAAAAGAAGGUGGAGCGAGGUCGAGUUUGGAAUCACCAGAAAUAUCAACAUACGGAGGAACGAAGCCAGAGGGUAUCUCAUCCCUCCGAGAACGCCAGAGACGCGUCGAGGCUGCCACGUCCGUGCUGGUCGUAGGGGGCGGUGCGCUUGGUAUUCAGUUUGCGUCUGACAUCGCUGCCGUCUACCCGCAGAAGCGCGUCACACUCCUGCAUUCUCGUCAUCGUUUGUUGCCCAAGUUUGACGACGCGAUGCAUGAAGAAGCCCUUCAGGGUCUGCAGGAGUUGAAUAUUCAAGUUAUUCUUGGAGAGCGACUUGAUUUUGAGUCUCUCCAACACACAUCCGUUCCGAAAGGGUCUUCAGAACCACGCGUAGUACGAACUAUAUCGGGGCAGGAGAUAUCUGCCGACUUGCUGCUCCUAUGUACUGGUCAAAUACCGAACACAGGGUUCCUUCGGGAUAUGGACCCUCGCACUGUCGUUCCAGACACUGGACUGGCAUCUGUUCUGCGGACUAUGCAACUUCACGUCCCACCACCUUCUCCUAAACCUCACGAGUUUAAGGCAGAUACAGAUGAUCGUGUACUGCAUUGGUGGAAGAAACCAUUGCAUUGGAUGAAGAAAAUAUUGCAUCGCUUCAAGAAUCUGUAUCUUGACACAAAAACAGCGACAAGACAGUCAGCAUUGUCGCCGCCGUUGGCAUCUGUCCCACACGCUGGCACACCUUCCACGCCAUCGUCACCCAUCUCAUCCACGGGUACCCUGUUUGAGUCCAACCCGCCACAAGAGACUUUAUACCCGAAUAUCUUCGUUGUGGGCGAUGCAGCAGACGCGUUCGACGCGAUCAAAGCUGGACAUACAGCAUAUUACCAAGCAGAGGUUGCCGCGAAGAACAUCUUACGGCUCAUCCAUCGAGAUGAGAAAGGUGGGAUUGCAGCCAAUGACGAGCUAGAUUCGGAGCUCGAGGAGUACGUGCCUGGGCCUCCAGCAAUUAAAGUGUCCCUUGGUAUGACGAAGUCGGUAUAUGAGGUGAACGGGCUUGUGGGCACGAAGGAUGAUGGUGUGGAGGAUUUGAGUGCUGCUAUUAUGUGGGCAGCAUGUGGGAUGCGGGACGUGAGUGAGGAGGAUAUGUUUGCGUAGUUUUGUGUUUUGAUUUAUGGGGAGGAAAGCGUUUCGCGUGUUCGCCCUAUUUCUUCGUACCGACUGUUGGCGUUUCACUGUAGAGCUCUUCACCUUCGGCACUUAUUUUACGCGAUACGUCACUAACUUUAGCCUAGCUAACCUUUUGUUAGGUAGUAACUAAUUAUAGUGUUUGUUCCUAGACCUAACUCUUGUUGGUCUACACCGAC